CAACUGUUUGUGUGAAAGGAAAAAAUGUGAAAGCAAAUGUAGCUAAAAUGCUUCGAUUGUCAGUGCUUUCGUUCUAUGAAUGAUAUGCCUUAAAAAAAGUUCCCUUGUGUUUGAAAAGAAUUUUUUAUUGAUUAGCAAGCAAAAAUUUAUUUUUGGUCAUUUACAGCUUGUUCAAACAAUGGACCAAAUGUGCAUUAAAGUUGAACCUCCAGAUUUCUGGGAUGACAGCACUUAUGAUAGUAUAGCGGGUACAUCGUCAAGUACUCUGAAUGAAGAUGCUAUGACUAAUAUUUUGAAACCUUCAGAGAUAAAAGAUCUUUCUGAAGAUACCCAAGAGACGAAUUUUGAAACUUUUGAAGAAUUUUAUUUUGAUUCUGAUCAUCCUGCAUUGAAAAACAACAAUGAUUAUAAAGAACUUCUAAAAGCUGUUACUGUGCUUGAAGCCCAGAAGGCAAGAGCAAUCAAAGAUUUAGACAAGCUCCAUGAAUUGAAAGAAAAGGCUUUAGCAGAUCCAAUUGGUUUUGUGGAAUGCCUCCAACAAGGGAAAAAAAUAGAUUUCCCUACCCCCCAGAACGUAUACCCUGUUCCUGUGAUAGACUGGAACAAAUACACAUUUAAUGCUAGCUCAUCUUCCUUCAGUCGUCGACAGUUAACUCGACUGUCUACAAGAGCAACUCAGGAUAUUUUUAAGAAUAAUGCCAAGGAAAAGUCUAGUCGGUUACAUGAACAGAAACCUCCCAAAGUGAAUCAGUACUGGACUGCUGAAGAACAGAAGCAAUUAGAGGAGCUGCUAAUAAAAUUUCCACCAGAGGAAAUAGAAAGCCGUAGAUGGGAAAAGAUUGCCAAUUGUCUGGAAAACCGUACACCAAUACAAGUAGCAAGUAGAGUUCAAAAAUACUUCAUUAAACUCUUGAAAGCUGGCAUGCCAAUUCCAGGAAGAAUGCCAAAUAUGACAUACCUGAAAAAGCCAAGACGUAAUGUUAUAAGAAACCAACCCAGCACAUUUCUGGUUUCACACACUCUGCCUGUGUACAUGCCUGAAGCAGAUGAAGAGUUAAAUUAUAGUUACCAUCAACCUCAAACAUCAGAAGAAAAUUCCAUGGAAUCUAGAGUAGGGAUGUCGGAGGAUGAAGAAUUUAAUCCAGAGCUCCGAGAGACGCCUGAGUACAAAGAACUCGUUCUUCUAAAAAAAAUCCAAAGAGAGAAAAUUCAGAGUUGUGGCUUUACCCAACAUAUAGGGUUUAAAUGUUCUAAUUGUAAAACGGAACCAAUUAUUGGUAUACGAUGGCAUUGUACUGAUUGUAAGCCACCAACAUCAGUUGAUUUUUGUGAGAAUUGUGCAGAUGGAGAAUAUGAAAUUGGCCAGCAUACAUCGAAUCACAGGCUUGAAGAAGUUCACAGUAUUAGCUCCAAUUUUCAUGACCGAGGUUAUCUCUCUUUUUUAUCUGGCAAUUUUGUUGAUCCCUCAGCUACAUAGUGUGUUGAAAAACUUAAAAUUGUACAUAUUGUGGCUGCUUGUAUAUAAUAUGAAUUUAAAAAAAAGUUUUUUUA